AGCGGGGCGGGCGCCCGGGGCCCGGUGGCCUCCCGGGCGCGGCCCUAAGGGGGCUGGGCCUGCGGUCCCCCCACUUCACAUGCGGGAACGGGUCAAGUUCAGGAGCGACCGCUGGGAUACAGAAGCCUAAUCUGGCCAGUCCGGCAGGACGGGACAUGCAGCCGGCCGGGCCGGUCCCGGGAGCCGGUCCGCCCCGGGCCCGCGGCCCCUGCCCGCACCCCGAGCGCGGCCGGCCGUCCGCUGCGCCGGGGAGGACACGGCUGGAGCUCGUGGAGGCUCAGCGCGCAGGCGCCGCCGAGCCCUGCCUGGAUGCUCAGUGCAAGCACUAAGGCCAAAAAAAUAAAAAAUAAAAAAAUAAAAAAUAGCCAGCAAUCUAUAGAAGGAAGACGCUAUAGUGUGUCGGGAUGCCCAGCACCAACAGAUAUUCUGAUGGCAAAUCAAAUGGAAAAAAAGAGGAAGCAUGACAGCAGAUUGGAUCGAUUCUCUUGGUGGAUUACAUUUUCAGUAAAAUGUACGGAUCUGUCUUUCCCCUGUUCUGUCUAAAUCAUGAGACUUGACUGAGGCUGUCUCUUUAUCCUCCAUCCAUCUAUGGCGAACUAUAGCCAUGCAGCUGACAACAUUUUGCAAAAUCUCUCUCCUCUCACAGCCUUUCUGAAGCUGACUUCCUUGGGUUUCAUAAUAGGAGUCAGCGUGGUGGGCAACCUUCUGAUUUCCGUUCUGCUGGUGAAAGAUAAGACCUUGCACAGGGCACCUUACUACUUCCUGCUGGACCUCGGCUGCUCCGAUGUCCUCAGGUCUGCGAUUUGUUUCCCAUUCGUGUUCAACUCCGUCAAAAACGGCUCCACCUGGACCUAUGGAACCCUGACCUGCAAAGUGAUCGCCUUCCUGGGGGUGCUGUCCUGCUUCCACACCGCGUUCAUGCUCUUCUGCAUCAGCGUCACCCGGUACCUGGCCAUCGCCCACCACCGCUUCUACACCAAGAGGCUGACGUUUUGGACGUGCCUGGCCGUGAUCUGCAUGGUGUGGACUCUGUCCGUGGCCAUGGCCUUCCCCCCGGUCUUAGACGUGGGCACCUAUUCCUUCAUUAGGGAGGAGGAUCAGUGCACCUUCCAGCACCGCUCCUUCAGGGCCAACGACUCCUUGGGAUUUAUGCUGCUCCUCGCUCUCAUCCUCCUCGCCACGCAGCUUGUCUACCUCAAGCUGAUAUUCUUUGUCCACGAUCGGAGGAAAAUGAAGCCGGUUCAGUUUGUGGCGGCGGUCAGCCAGAACUGGACUUUCCACGGCCCCGGAGCCAGCGGCCAGGCAGCUGCCAACUGGCUCUCGGGGUUCGGAAGGGGCCCCACGCCACCCACCUUGCUGGGCAUCAGGCAGAAUGCAAACCCCACAAACAGAAGAAGGCUGCUGGUCUUAGACGAAUUCAAAAUGGAAAAGAGGAUCAGCAGAAUGUUCUACAUCAUGACUUUUCUCUUCCUCACCCUGUGGGGCCCCUACCUGGUGGCCUGCUACUGGAGAGUGUUUGCCAGGGGGCCCGUGGUACCCGGAGGGUUUCUGACAGCCGCUGUCUGGAUGAGUUUUGCCCAAGCAGGAAUCAAUCCUUUUGUCUGCAUCUUCUCCAACAGGGAGCUGAGACGCUGCUUCAGCACAACCCUUCUUUACUGCAGAAAGUCCAGGUUACCAAGGGAACCUUACUGUGUUAUAUGAAGGAGCAUCUGUAAAUCUUUAGCCUUCUGAAACACGGACCUUCUCUGUUAAGCAGUUGUGGCCUGCAGCCAUAUCUUGAGAAGAAGAUCAAGAAUGGGAUUAGUGGUUGUAAGGAUUCGGGGACCUUUCUGCAGUCUUUGCAAUUGUUCACCUGUCAUCCUGUUUUCAAUCUCAGAGUGAUCCUGCUGACUGCCCCAUUGGAGGUCUGAAAUGAAGAAAGGACUGAACCACUGCCCUCAGUUUCUUUAUGUGGUUGAAAACUAGGUAAUGAAAUUAGCAGGUGCUAAGUAUCAGUGCUAAAUGCUGUGUAUAUCACUACUUAUGAAAAAAACAUUAAAAAAAAAAAACACCUAGCAUUGGACAUCUUAAUAAGUUAAGUUGACUUGAGGUAAAUAUGUUGAUAAAAACUAAUUUUAGAUGUUUGAAGAGUUUAAAACAUUUCAUACUAUUAUUGUUUUGCAAAUACUAAAAUACUUGGGGACUUAAAGUACCAUAGUCCACUAAAGAUAUGCCAUGAAUUAUUGGAUUGUGACAUUU